AUGAGCGCCCCCUACAGCAAGGAUAGGGCACAUGGGAAGCUCCAGGUAAGUCUAAACACAACUAAUUCUGAAUCAGAGAGAACCUAUGUCAGGGGAGUGGAACAUUUGGAUCCCAAUCCCAAUGACUCUCAGCCAGUCAGGAAAACUAGCCUUGUGAGUUCUCAGAGGUAGCCAUCACUUCUCUCAGCAUAAGACCAGGAGUAAACAUUUUCUAAAGAAAAAAAAUAAUACACUUAAUAGGUUUAAUCCAGUAUUGUGUAUAUUUGUUGGUAUCUUUGUACAGUAUUUGGUAAAAAUGUACUUUAGCGUAUUUUAUUAUUUUUACCAUUCCAUCCUUCAUUUUUUUUUUUUUUUUUUAUGGCUACCUCAUGUAAAUCCUUAAUAGAAUGUACUAUUAAGGAGGAACACCUGAUUGUUUGUUUGAUUAUUUAAAAUAAAAAUCAACAUUGUGCCUUGCUCAAAAUCUUACAUGUGAACGAAAUGGUAAUUAAUGAAAUACGCUAAAAUACACUUUUACCCAGUAUUUUACAAAGAUUUGGUUUCUCACCAAGAUAUGUUUAUUGAUUUGUACACAAAUUUAUUUUUAGCGGGUACGAAUAAAUACAUUUCUCUUUAACCCAGCCCAAAUGAAGUGCUCCAUCCGAGAUUAUGUGUUGUCUUAUUCAACCGGAAUUCUUGAACGAAUUGAUAAAUUCAGGCGCAGUUUAAAAAUUCCUUCUUGCAGCUGAAAAGGAUUUGUGCACAAAUCUAAUAACUUGGAAUCGAAGGUCAUUUUAUCUUGUAGGUUUAUUAACCUCUGUGAGUGCAAUUUGGACAUGUUUACGCAGAUUUUGUUUUUUAUUAACCUGUGUUGAUUUUGGGAUAGUCUGUGAUGGACAUUGUUUGUCUACAGGGAAAUGCUAUCACCCCUUGUAGUGGUGGAAAUAUCCCUCUUUGGCAAAGCAAAAGCCGCAAUGUUUUGACUGUGUGUCUUCAUCAAACAAUAAGCAUUUUCCUGGGGAGCUGGAUCAGAUGUGAUUUGUAGCUGGACAGAUGUAUUUAAAGGAUCACUAUAGUGUCAGGUAAACAAAGCGAUUUUCCUGACACAAUAGUGCCCUGAGGGUGCCCCCAGCCUCAGGGUCCCCCUCCCGUGGCGCCAAAGGGGUUAAAACCCCUUCAGCAGCUUACCUUAAUCCAGUGCCGGGCUCCCUAGGCGCUGGUGACCUCUCCUCCCCCGCCGACGCCAGCUACCGAGUGGAGCGGCAUAUGCGGCAAGUGCCGCACGCGCAUUCAAACAGUUCAUAGGAAAGCAUUUCUCAAUGCUUUCCUAUGGACGCUCUGCACAAUGGAUGUGAAAUUCGCAUCCAGCGUCGCAGAUGCGCCUCUAGCGGCUGUCAGGAAGACCGCCACUAGAGGUUGGAUUAAGCCCUAAUGUAAACAUAGCAGUUUCUCUGAAACUUCUAUGUUUACAUGUGAAGGGUUAAAACCUGAGCGACAUUGCACCCAGACCACUUCAUUGAGCUGAAGUUGUCUGGGUGACUAUAGUGUCCCUUUAAUUUACCCCUGAGGUAUUCCUUGGCAGUUAUUUUCUCAGGAUAUUUGCACUACCUAGCCAGCUGUGUUCAGUAUCUUUCGGUACUUUAAUUGUUGUGGCUUACAUCUGCCAAAAGGCUUUACAGCCAUAAUGCUGGCAAAGCAUUAGGGGAGAUGUAGUCCACAACAUCUGGAGUGCUAAAGGUUGCCUUCUCCAGAAUAUUGUUAACUCCGUCAGCCCCAACGGGAGAGGGACACUCCAGGAGCCUAUAGUGCCAGGAAAACGGGUUUGUUUUCCUGGCACUAUAGGAUCCCUUUAAAGAAAAAAAAGCUGAAUUAGAUAAAUCAACUAGACUAAACCAAUUAGACCAACUUUGUUUUAUUUUUUUUUGCUUUUUUAAUGUAAAUGUUGAAAUUCACUUUGAAUACUUGACAAUUCACAACCCUGUAUAGGAAAUUUUGUGCAACAAAUUCUCCUUCAUUUUCAUCCCUCAAUCUAAGGUCACCCGAUUAAAGGGACAUUCCACUUCCCAAAUACAAAAAAUAACUAGUAGAUUUAAUCCAGCACCUCUAUCCAGCACCAAGGUCCCUCAGCACUGGUUCUGGCUCUGCCUCCUCUGAUGUCACGGUAAUAGGGGAACCUUAUGUUGCGUGUGCAUUAGCGUGUGCAUUUAAUCAAUGCAUUUCUAUUGAGUAUUCACUGACACUGGUUGUCCUCAUGCAGAGGUAGACAGACAAUCACUAAAGGCUAAAGAAAAGAGUUACUUGCGCACUAUUCCACAUGCAUAUUUAAAUAACUGGAGGUUUUUAGUAUCACUCCAAUGGCCAUUAGAUGUAUGCCUACCUGCCACGUCACUAAAGGUUGUAAACAUUGCAAUUUGUCUAAAACAACGUGGGAAAAGUUUAUUUGUUGUUUUUUAUACAGCGUGGGAACAGUUUUAAGUAAGUGACCCUCGGGGGCAGUUAUUCUCAAAGUUGCAAGGGUAGGCCUUCAGUACUACUUUUACCACUGUUAUUGCACUGCGCAAUUAACACACUUGUUGUCUAUUAUGACAGAACAUACUUGCAGGGCACAUUGUGAGGGUAUUUGUCCUCCCUGGCAGGUUAUUGGCAUAUAGACAUAUGGUAUGGGAAUAAAGCAUGUGAACACCUGACCAUCACACCUAUAUGAGCCUGUUGGACAUCCAUUUCAACAUAGAGGGCAUUAGUAUGAAUUUGGCCUGACAGACAAUUCUUUUCUGGGAAAGCUUUCCUCAGGAUUUUGGAUUGUGUCUGUAGGAAUUUGUGCUCAUUCAGCCAAAAGAGCAUUUGGUCAGAUUCUGAUAUUUAAUGUAAAAAUGUCUGAUACACAAUUGUCUUUACGAUUCAUUCAAAGUAUUCAGUGGGGUUGUAACAACCCAGUUGUCCAAAAUGACUUUUUAUCAUCUAACAUUAAUAUGACCAUUCACUAAUUAAAAGGGGGACAGCCCAAAUCCUGAAAAAGUCCCCUAGGCCAUUAUCCUUCUUUCACUAAACCUUACAGUAUGCACUAUGCACUCCAGUAGGGUUUCUUAGAACCCAGCAUACCCAGAUUAUUCCACCAGGCUGCCAGAAAGUGAAGUGUAGUUCAUCACUCCAGACAACAUGUUUCCUCUGUUCCGUACUCCAGUGAUGGUGUGCUUUACACUACUCCAGACAGUGCUUGGAAUUACACUUGGUGAAGUGAAACUUGUGUGAAUUUACACACACACAAAAAAAGUUAAAAUUCAGACUAAAAUAGCCAAUCGUCGAGUUAGAGAAAUUUUCCAGGUUUGCGAUAUUGGCCAAAAUGUUGUGAUUUCUUUUUCAGUUCUUUGUUACCACUGGUUUGAAUAAACCCCUUAGUACAAUGCAGACAGACUGUGUUGCAGAAACCUUGUUGACAGUUUUACUGUAAAUGCCUGUUCUCUUCAUCACACCCUGUUCAAAAAUGCAGUGACAUAUAUGAUUUUCCUCAUAUUAAUUUACAUGUCAAAGAGAAACUCAUGUAACCUGUUAGAACAAUCGUGAUCACAAAUGUAAGACCUGGUUGUAUUCAGUGCCAGACUGGGAAUGCAAAGCAGCCCUGGAAAAUUAAUGUAUUCCAGCCCUAAAAGUAACUGUGCCGUGUGUGUGUGUGUGUGUGUGUUUAUAUGUGUGUGUAAUAAAUAAAUAUAUAUAUAUAUAUAUAUAGAUAUAUAUAUAUUAAUAUUACACACACACUUAAGUGAUAAUAUUAAAUAUAACUUCAUAACAUUUAAAAUAUGGGUAUGUCUUGCUACACCAGAUGAUUGAGUUAUUAUAUUGAAGUGGUCAUAGUAUUAGUUAUUAUUGGUAUGCUGGCAUCAUUAAAAAUUACACAGUCUCACUGACACACACAAUAUCACUAACGCACACAGAUGACCUUACUGGUACGCACAAAGAAGCUUACUACAGAGCUCUCUGGUAUACACACAGAAGCUUACUACAGACAAGCUCACUGUCACACACACACACACACGCUCUACAGACAAGCUCACUGACACACAAGCUCUCUGACACAAACACAAGCUAACUGACUAGCAGUCACAUACACACAGAAGAAUACGGUCAUUAAUGGGCUGCUGAGUAUUUGAAGCCUACUUGGCACUGAAGGCUGUGGGAGCACUGUGAGUUGAAAUUGCCAUUUUCCGGGCCCCUUUCUGCUGGUGACAUGAGCUGCUUGAUUCUGGGAACAGAGCUUAAUGUGGGAGUGGAGGAGAAGAGGCUCAUAAAAGCUGCUGGGAAUUGUGAAGGGACACUUACAGUGCUCUCUCCGGCCGCCUUUAGCCUUGAUGUGGUUGCACCAGCCCCCAGCACCUCCCUCCUUAAAGGGACACUAUAUUUUUAAUAUCACUAUUUAGGCUCCCAGCUUCCUGUCCGCAAAGUAAAAUGUGUACAACUCACCUUUAUUCCAGUGCUGCACGGGUGUCCCUAUGACUGGCCCCACACCUGCACCACCUCAUUGGCUGAUAGCAUCAAAAUUAACAAUCUCAGCCAAUUCAAUGCUUUCUUUCCCUUAAGAAAGCAGUGGAAUGCUAUUGUGCAUGCGCAACAAAGUGCUGUGACAGUCAGCAUCUCCUUAUCUCUGUCUGAGUGACUGCUACUUUCUCUGAAAAGGCAGUGUUUAUAUUAAAAAAACCUGCAGGGAUUUACUAUACACACCAGAACCACUACAUUAAACUGCAGUUUUUCCAGUGACUAGUGUCUCUUUAAUUCUUCAAGGGGGGAAAUUACUAUUUAAAUGGCAUGAGGGCUGCCUGCCCAGGUGCCUCAGCCCACCUGAAUAUUUCCCAGUACCCCAGUGGGCUGCCUGUAUUUAUUCCUUCAUUUUAUAGUAAUCUGUAUUAAUAAAUGUCAUAAUUUUAUUUCAGCAUAUAAUGGGGUAUUCAAAUUCCUUCAGUUGUUAGUAAAUUAGGACUAGCAAAGAAUCAUGUUGGUUGUAGUUCAUCAGCUGGCAACUGCAUUUUGGGGACCUCUGUCUUGGAAUUCUGGCUGCUAUAUGCUGUGUGUAAUCUUGGCUAGUAAAGAUUCAUGUGAAUUACUAAUUGCUAUUCUGACAUAUGAAGAGACAAUGUAGGACUAUGACCACUUCAAUGUAUUAAAGGCUUUAUGGUGCUUGGAUUCCACAGAAUCACAGCCGUCAGUGAGAUAUGACAGAGGUGCCAUACCAGGGGUAGGGGCAGUGAUUGCCCGAGAGCGCUCAGCUAAAGCUCUAAGCCAAUCCCUGAUCAAUAUGUCCAGUAUGUUGUGAAGGGGAGCGUAGCUCUGCCUCUGCCAUAUUAUCAUUGGAGGUCUGGCUUCAGGCUGUUGGGACCACAAAUCUCUACUGAAUGGUGAGUAAAGCAUUUAGCAAUGAUGUGGGACCCAGCAUCCACAGUCCUUCAUUGGCUAUGCUUUGCUCCACAGACACUUUCAGGUUCUCCUGCAGGAGAAGACCAGAUGUGGUACGGGUACCCAACAGAACUAAAACAGUUUGGCAUCUUACCAUGGUGUGGUGCCACCACAUUUCUGGCACUGUAAUUAAUAUAGCAGGCUGUAAAGAUUACGUUUCUUAGAUUGUUCAUUUAACAGCAUGCAAUUCACACGCAGGGAUGUGUGACUAGGGCUGUAUAAACAAAGUGAUUUAACUCCUAAAUUGCAGUAAAUUAAGCAGUGAGACACAGGGGCAUGACAUCAAAACUGCUUCAUUAAGCUAGAGCUGUUUUGGUGCCUUUAAGUUUAAUAUAAUUGGUAUUAAUAUGUGUAAUAAAGAUUGCACUUACAAUUAUUAUUAAUGUAAAAAGGGAAUGAGGGGGUAAUUGAGUAAAAUCUCAAGCAGCCGGGGGAGCAUGCUAUAACUUAAUAUUCAAAGGUAACCUUGCAUACAGUUACAUUGUAUAAUAACAACAAUCAUUUACAACUGCUGAUUGCUUCAUUCAUCAAAAGAAAAUAUAGAUGGAACCAGUCUGUUAGUAACACUGCAUCUUCUGUUAGUUUGCAGACUAGAUUUAUUUGUUUUUGAAAAUAAUUACAGAUAACUUCAGAACUACCGGUACGUAUAAGAUUAAAGGGAUACUGUAAACCCAUCUUAUUAAAGUUGUGAUAGAGCCUGCAGUCCUGCUCCCCACAUCCUACUGCCCCAAACCCAAUAUUAAAAUAAUUAGAAGGCUUGGAAGCGCGGCUCCAACACACACCUUUAACACACCUGACUCUCAUACUGUAACAUCUUGCGUGCAUAGUGUCACACACAGUGUCAUCAUGGUCAGCCUUAGAGAAUAAUCGAAUACAAAGAUUCUCUAUGGAGGAAUCAUGAGUACAGGGAGACGAGCUCCGCGUUUGUGCCCUUGCUCCCCAGUGCUCCUCUAUGAGGAGCAUUGGAUUUGUCCGUCAUCCUGGAUGGAUGGAUGCCUCCAGGAUGACGUAACCCGAGUAGAAAGUCAUGACAACGCCAAGGGAGACCGGGGAAUGGAGAGCUGAAGAAAAGGUGAGUACUUACAUUUUUUUUAUUGUUUUCAUUUUCUUAUUUGUAUAAAUGGGAGGGGGAAUACAGACAUGUAUUCUAAACGCUACAGUGUUCCUUCAUCACUGCUGUACAUGGGCGUAGUGGUUAAACUCCGCACUCUCAUAGGCUACAACUAUUGUUGUGCCAGGAUACCUGCGUUUUGAGUGCAGUAUAUAUAACACAUCACUUUUUGUGUCCGCUGUAGCUCACCAUAUGUUUUGUAUUAUGUUUUUGUUUCUGACACCCGCCAACACAGAUUGAUUUCAUGUUACUUUGGAAUAUUUUAGAAAAGUAUUUUUGUGAGAGGCUACAGUAAAUGUAAGGUUUAUUUUAACAUUCUGUCCGUGUUUUGUUUUGUUUUAUUUUAUGUGGGUGUUUUCACUUUACACUUUUGUGUUCAUUAUUUUUCAACUCUUACACCCUCACAAAGAUGUUCUGUAGUCACAUUUUCUGGGUUCUAGAACAAUGCAGAAGUAAUAAAUUCCCAUGAUCUUUAACACUUGUGGAUUACAGGUAUUUACAGGAGACUACUUCAAUGUAACAUCUGUUAAAUAAUAACCACUACGUUCCUAUUGCAUAACUUCUUGUAUAAGCUUUUUAUAGCACUGUGUAUUGCAAUGACCCUUCUCUGUGGUAAAAUUGUGCAUUAAAAUGUCUUUUUAGAGGCAGACACGGUUUAUUUAUUUUCUUUUUUGUUUUGUUGUGUUUGCACCUGCAAGGCACUAGUUUGGGAAGUUGCCAAUAUUUGAACAGGUCUUGCUUGUUUGCUUUCUUUGCCAGCAGUGCCAUUGUGACCUUUAAUUUGUGUUCAAGGAGUUCUCGAUGAAAACUGGAAACAAAAUUGUUUAUUUUAUUAAAGGAAUGCAAUAUUGUUAGCAAUACAAAUAUAUGUGCCUGAUGCUAUAGUGUCCUGCUACCUGUUUAGAUUACUGACGCCCACCCACAAACACACACACAUACACACACACACGUAGUAAAAAAGCGUGUAGCAUUGUGUAUAUGCAGAAAUAUAUGUUAGCCCAAUAUUUGUGUGUGUGCAGAAGUUUGUAUCAGGGUGCAUAAUGUGUGUAGCAAUGUAAGGCGUGUUCAUGUUGUGUGCAUGCUGUGUGUACGCAGUGUAUAGUAGUGUGUGCAUGCUGUGUAUAGCAAUGCAUGUCGUGUGCAUGCUGUGUAUACGCAGUGUAUAGUAGUGUGUGUGUGUAUGAAGGGUAUAAUAGUGAGUGCAUACUGUGUCUGAGUGGGUGUUUGUCAUUGCGUGUGUAUAUAGCAAUGUGUGUACCUGCCAUGUAUAACAGAGGUUGAUAUAUUAGCUCCGUUUUUCUCAACCCUCGCCCAGAAUUCCAGUCUGAUAAAAUUAAUGGCCUUUGCAUUGCUGCUAUUUUUGCAAAACGGGCACGGGCCCAACAGCCUUAAACCCUAGUUGUGACGGUGAAAUACUGGCCAGUUGGCAGCCCUACUUGGCUAUCAUCUAGAAAGAUUGAUGUUCUCAGUCAAUAUAGUGCUUCAAAAAGGUGUGCCAAUCAAUUGCUCUCUAUGAGCAGCAUUUGAUUUCAAACUCUCUCAUAUCUCACAAUGGAAGCACCCCUUAUGGCUGUAGAGGUGUGUUUAACCCUUUAAUGAUACACUGCAGGAUUAAAAGGACCCUAGACUCAGAUCACUUCAUUGAGAUUAAGUGGUCUGGGUGCCUUUAAUGUUCAUUUAAAACCACUCUACUGAUUUAAAAUAAAUAUAUAUUAUUUCUAAUAUUUAGUAGGCGCAACCCCAAGUGUUUUUUUAUUUUUUUUGGGGGAGGAGCAUAUGAAAAAAAUAAGCUUGCAAAAGCAGCAGGUCUUGUGCUCCCCCCCUUUUAUCUCUAGCACCAACUUUUAAUUUGUGCUAGCAGAUUGACCAAUCAGAGGCUUUUCAAUGAGCCCAUUGAGAAGUAUUAGCAGGUACGCUGUUGCCUUGGUGACCUGCCAAAGAGAAAUGGAAGAGGAAGCAAAUAGGUUGCCAGCUUGGGAAGUGUGUUGGCACCCAUUUACAAUAUUCUAUUAAAAUCGGCACUUUCAUGAAUUGAACUAACAAACAAACAAACAAGAAACAGACUUCACACAAGUCACUUGCUGAAGUCCUUUUUAUGUUUGAAGUAUUCCUUUAUUUCUUUAAUAAAAGAGAUUGUCAUUAGUGAUGUCCCGAACGGUUUGCCGCGGACGGCGAACAUAUGCGGUAAACUUUGACCCUGUACCUCACAGUCAGCAGACUCUGCCUGGAGAAGUGGUUUUAUCAGAGUCUGUACAGAUGUUUAAACAGCAACUGGAUGCAUACUUGCUAAAAAAAAAACAAAACAAAAAAACCUUUUUGAUCCAAGGAGAGAUCUGACUGCCAUUCUGGGGUCAAUAAGGAAUGUCUUUGCUUGUUUGUUGCAGAUGUGAAAGUGCUUCAAACUGGGUUUGUUUGCCUUAUUUUGGAUCAACAUCAAAAAACAGAUAUGUGAGAGCUUAAACUUGGACUGUCUCUUUUUUUAGCCUGUGUAACAUAACUAUAGUCCUGUAAAAACAAAAACAAAAAAAACACAUAUUUUUGGUUUAACCCCUUCCCGACAUCUAUGCUGUCCCAUCUGCGUUAAACCAGACUGUAAGGAGGAUGGCAUGAAACUUUAGUUGCACUUGAUGUAAGCUAUUUUAUUUAAAAAAAAAUUCAUUAUUAUUAUUAUUAUUUUUUAAUGUAAAAACACCACCACCAAAAUAUAACAGAUCAGAGUAUAUUUAUGCAUCCACAGGGGAUUUCCAAUUGUUAAAGUUUAUUAUAUACAUGAAAGAAAAAAUAAAUAACAACAUAGAAUAGUUCAACUCCAGCAGAAGUAAAAACCAGAGUUAAAACAAAUAAUCCGUAUCCCUUAGAAAGGGAGGAGUGCCAGUCACAGUUAGAGGUGGCAGUGGACUCCAGACUUCACUAAAAAAGCUAAAAUCAUUAUAUCUAUUGGGCGCUUUAGUGAGUAACGGCAGAAGCCGUGUAUACCAUUAAUCUUUUUUUGUUUUUAUUCAUAUAGUAUAUGAAUAAAUUGGUAUAUGAUAUCUUGUGUUUUUUGUGCUAUAAGAGAUAUCUCUAAGUGUGACUCCUAGAUCCCCCCCCCUUUUUUAGUAAGGGAUAAACAUUAUAUGUUUUAAUUAUGGGUUUUACUUCUGCUUUGGUAUAUUUGACGAAGUUGCACUAUUAUUUGUUAUAUCUUUUUUUAUUUUAUGUACAUACUUCACCCUAACGAUUGGACAUCCCCAGUGGAUACAUAAGUAUACCCUGUUCUGUUAAAUUUUAGUGGUGGUGUUUUUACAUUAAUACUGCUCCACUUUUUACACUUUGGUAAAGGGCUAAAGAAAUUCCAUUUUUAUAUUAUAGUAUCUAGAACAGAGAAUUGGCUGGAAGCACAGAGAGAGGGAGAAUGGGUGGAGAAAUGGAAAAUCGUUGCUGUAAUUGAUGGGAUGUUGAAUGUUUAAUGCAUGAGUCACUUUUUGUGUGUAGUGAAAUUCAUGGUUUGCUUUGAAUAUUGAAUUGUCUGCUGUUGGUAAUUAUACAAUAUUUAACAUUAUGAUUUAAAUACAUGUUAACACAGUCUAAAUGUUUUUCUUGCAUGUAUUAACAUAUACAAGGGGAGUGGCACGCUUUCAUGAACCCAAGUGAACACUUAAAGCAGGAAGUAGGGAACCUUCGGACCUCCAGAUGUUUUGGACUACAUCUCCCUUGAUGCUUUGCCAGCAUGAUGACUGUAAGAGCAUUAUGGGAAAUAUAGUGCAGAACAUCUGGAGGGCUGAAGGUUUCCCACCACUGACUUAAAGGGAUACUACAGUUAUCAGAACAACUAUAGCUUAAUGUAGUUAUUCUAGUGAGUAUAGUAUGUCUUUGCAGGCAUUUUAAUGUAAACACUGCCUUUUUUGAGAAAUGUCAGUGUUUACAUUGUUGCCUAGUAACACCUCCAGUGGCAGUCACUAGAGGUACUUCCUGGGUCACUGUUGCACAAUGUGCAGCACUGAUGCUCAGAGUCUCCACCCUCUACUUGGAGACGCUGAAUGCUCCCUAUAGAGAUGCAUGGAUUCAAUGAAUCUCUAUGAGGAGAUGCUGAUUGGUGCAGUGUUUUGCAUGGCAAGCCCAAUAGCCACCUAAUGUUUUGCUAUGGGAAAGCAUUGGAUUGGCUGAGGUCGUAAGUUUUGAUGAUCUCAGCCAAGGAGGUAUGGGUGGAGCAUGUUGUGACAGGCCUGCUCAACGCUGGAAAUAAGGGGAGUUUUUAAAAUUCUUUAAAGGGAGGUAAGGGGGACACAACACCUAAACUAUGAUUUUUCACACCAUCGUGUCAGGAAUACACUAUAAUGUUCCUUCAAGGAGGGUACCUUACUAUGUGAGUUAAGUAAUACCCCAAGUAUAAAAUGUAUUAUUGUUAUUGUGGUCCUCCAAGAUUUAAACAUAAAGGUGAAUAUCACUGUAUUCCCCAGUUAUAUAGCUAACCAUCUCCCCUCCCCCAAUCCUCAAUCACCAAUGUGUGUCAUGUGAAAAGAAAGGUUUUCCAGCACCGAGGCACCUUUAGCACUGCUUACUUCUCCUCCAACCAUGAGGUCAUGGAGAAAGCAUGGCCUCCUUCGGCGUGGUCCAAUGCAAUGCUCCUCAUAGAGGACCUGAUUUGCAUUUGUGUGCAUCCAAGCUUUCCAAUAGUAUAUCAAUGUUUUCCUACGAUCAAUGUUUUACUGAUCCUUUAAUGGCCUUUUUAAAAAUUGUCUAUGGUUGGUAAUUAUACAGUAUUUAAUAUUACGAUUAAAAUAAAAUAGUCUAGACAUUUGUUUUGGCAUGCAUUAAAAUACACAAGGGGAGUGGCCUCCAAAAUUGAGUUCUAACGUUAAAUUGAUUACACUAAAGGAAAGUUUCUAGUGUGCCAAACCCAUUGGUUUUAUAUCUAUGGCUUCCAGUAUAUCCCAUAUAUUAUUCAAGUUGGCAAAUCCAAAGCUGCUACCUGUACACUAUCCUAUACCCAAUUGCACACUUAAAAAGGGAUACUAUACACUACUGAUAUUGCUACCACAUGCAGAAUAGCGGAACAUUACACUGAAAUUAAGUCAAGGAGCUGUAGAUUCAAAGAAAGAAGGAAUUGUUCUGGAAUUACAUAUGCACCACUGCCCGGACUUCUCCUGACGUUCUUCUAGAGUUCCUGUGAAACCAGUUCCACCUACAACAUCUCUGUUGGCCAUCUCAGCCCUAUGCUUUUUUGAUCAGUUUUUUCAACACACCAUUACACUUUGACAUCAUCUGAGCUCCUUAGCAAAGGGAAUUGGAAGAGUUUCCCAACAUGUCACAUGUCUUGGCAGUUAGCCCUUUACGAUCCAUCUUCUUGUUGAAUCUUUCUGGGAUCUCCACUAUUGGAACGAGAGAAGUUUUCCUUCAUGUAUCAAUGAUGGGAUCCAGAGGCUUUUAUGUUACACUAAAGGUAAUGUAUCCUGCUUGCUUUCCUUAACUUUUGUGUUUUCUAUUUUGUCUUGUAGGUCAAUGGACACCUAAAUAAGACCUCUAUUACUGAGAACCUUGAUGAAUCAUUUGAAGAGGAACUAAAUGCAUUUUUAAUCGAUGAAAAUCAUCUUCACCUGUAUGAUGAUCUCACCAAAGUUAACCCAAUUACAACUAAAACAGGUGAUUUUAAAAACUUUCUCCCAUCCUGGAAUGGGUUUUUACAGGUCGGAAGAUAUCAGAUCGUUCGUUUUCACAUUCAAAUUUUAGAUGAGAACUGAUAAAUUCUACACCUUCAAUUACUUUUUAACCUUAUUUUCCUGUCUGAGUCACGAAGAGGCAGAAAGGUUGAUGCUAGAUGAGAAAUCACAUCAGAUUCAUUAUAUAUUUUAGAUUUGACAAAUAACAUCCAUUGUAAUUAUAACAAAUGAGUACAAUAGAAUCCAAUGUGUACAUUUAAGAGUAGAAUCAGAAGAUAGUAUUGGACUCUGGGAGCAGGACGAUGUAGAUGUGCCAGCAAUACUGGUAGAUAAAGCGAGGGAAAGGGAAUUUGCUCAAAAGUACAUUACGUAGUCGUUUAAAGGGACUCUCCAGUGCCAGGAAAACAAUCCGUUUUACUGGCACUGCAGGUCCCCUCUCCCUCCCACCUCACAUCCCCGGUUGUUGAAGGUGUGAAAACCCCUUCAGUGACUUACCUGAGACCCCCGCCGAUGUCCCUCGGCAGUGGUUUCGGGUCGCCGCCGCUCCUCCCCUUCAUUACGUCAGCCGGCGGGGGAGACCGCCCGCCGGCUGAGGAGACCUAAUGUGCAUGCGCAGCAAUGCUGUGCAUGCGCAUUAGAGCUCUCCAUAGGAAAUCAUUGAAAAUGCUUUUAAAUGCUUUCCUAUGGGGAAUUGAGCGUCGCUGGAGGUCCUCACACAGCGUGUGAAAUCCGUGCUAUGAAGCAGGAAGUGCCCUCUAGUGGCUGUGUAGUAAACAGCCACUAGAGGUGGAGUUAACCCUGCAAGGUAAUUAUUGCAGGUUAUGAAAACUGCAAUAAUUACAGUUGCAGGGUUAAGGGUAGUGGGAGUUGGCACCCAGACCACUCCAAUGGGCAGAAGAGCUUGUUAAUCAAAUGUCUAUUAGGAAGAAUUGACAAGAAAAUUUGCACAAAUAGCUGUACUGGGGGAAAAAAAAUCUCACCACUUGGCUUUUUUCAAGUUUUUAUACAUGGGCGUAAAAGUUAUCAGUUCCCUUCUAAUUUUCUCCCACAAUAUCUGAAUAACCGGUAAGUGAAUAACCGGUAUGGGUGAACAAUAGAAUAAUUCUAAUUUUUUUCCAACUUUUUAAAAAGUCUUUUUGCAACAAUUUCGUGUGUAGAUUAUUGCUCAGGGAUAUCUAGAGGAAAGGGUCACUAUAGUCACCUGAACAACUACAGCUUAUUGCAUUUGUUGCGUAUAGUUAGUCCCUGCAGGCCUUUUGCUGUAAACACUGCAUUUUCUGAGAAAAGGCAGUGUUUAUAUUAAUGCCUAUGAACACCUCAAAUGGCCUCUUCAGAUGGCCACUUGAGGUGCUUCCUGGGUUAGUGUUGUACAGUGUGCAGCAAUGACUUUCAGCAUUUCCAUGCUCUACAGGGAGAUGCCGAACUUUCCCCAUAGAUUUGCAUUGAUUGACCAGAGAAUCAUUACCUUCAGGCUUCUUGCUGUAAACACUGUCUUUUCAGACAAAAUGCAGUGUUUACAUUACAGCCUAGUGAUAACUUCACUGGCCAUUCCUUAGAUGGCUGUUAGAGAUCCUUCCUGGGCCUAAAAUGCAUCCAAACAUUCAGUGUCUCCUCCCUCUGCAUGCAGGCACUGAACUUUCCUCAUAGAAAUUCAUUGAUUCAAUGAAUCUCUAUGAUGAGAUGCUGAUUGGCCAGGGCUGUGUUUGAAUCAUAGAAACAUAGAAUGUGACGGCAGAUAAGAAGCAUUCGGCCCAUCUAGUCUGCCCAAUUUUCUAAAUACUUUCAUUAGUCCCUAGCCUUAUCUUAUAGUUAGGAUAGCCUUAUGCCUAUCUCACGCAUGCUUUUGGGAAGACCAAUUAGGAGAGGGUAACAAUAAUCCGUGCAGGAAAUUACUAGAGCAUGGACAAGCUCCUCGGUAGCAUCUUCUGUAAGAAAGGGGAGGAUGCGGGCUAUGCUUUUAAGAUGGAAUCUACAGUAUUUGGCAACAUAAUGGAUGUGAGGCUCAAAGGUGAGGCCAGAAUCAAGUAUGACACCAAGACCGCGCGCUUGCAAGUAUGGACCGAUGUGGUUACCACUAACUUGAAGGGAGAGCUAAAGAGGAGGAUCAGUAUUAGGAGGAGGAAAGACAAGGAGUUCAAUUUUAGAGUGAUUGAGUUUCGGAAAGCAGGAGGACAUCCACAGAGAUGGAAGAAAGGCAAGCAGUGACACAUUGCAGGACGGCAGGGGAGAGGUCCGGGGAGGAGAGAGAUAUCUGGGUGUCAUCAGCGUACAGGUGGUAUUGGAAUCCAAAUGAGGUAAUACGUUUGCCAAGAGAGGCAGUAUAAAGAGAAAAUAGAAGGGACCAAGGACAGAGCCUUGGGGGACUCCAACCGAGUCAGGGCAAGGGAGAGGGUUAUCAUUUAGAAAAGGAGACACUGAAUGAGCGUUGGGAGAAAUAAGAGGAAAACCACGAGAGUCACAGAGAGCAAGUGAUUGAAGAGUUUGAAGAAGGAGAGCAUGAUUAACGGUGUCAAAGGCAGCAGAGAGGUCAAGAAGAAUUAGUAUGGAGUAGUGGCCAAAUCACUUUGUUUAUGCAGCCCAAGUCACACCUCCCUGCAUGUGAUUUACACAGCCUUCCUAAACACUUCAUGCAAAGAGUCAUCUACUGUUUAAACUUCCUUCAUUGCACAGUCUGUUUCAUUUUGAAUUUCUUCUCUCCUGCUCUGUUAAUAAAUUGCUAGACCUUGCAGGAACCUCCUAUGUGUGAUGAAGUUGAAUUUACCGAGCAGGAGAUACAAACUUCUUAAUCAACAUCUGAUUGAAAAUAAAACAAUUAUUUUUCAUGCAGGCUGUGAGACACAUCCAGAGGAGGUGUGGCUAGGGUUGCAUAAACAUCUGAUUUAGCUCCUAAAUGGCAGAUAAUUGAGCAGUGGUAAUGCAUGGACAUUUUCUGUACACCAAAACUGCCUUCAUGUCUGUAGUUGUUUUGUGACUAUAGCAUAUCUUUAAGGGUACUAUACAGUUGUAUCCAUAGUGCUGUAACAUGCCCUUAUUUACUGCAAGGAAGCAUAAAGGGUGUCCCCUAUAUGCAUAAGAGAUGUAGUUUUGGGGUUAAAUAUGGGCCUAUGUAAUUUCUUUAUAAUGUUUAAGUUUGUAAUCUCUUGAUUACAGUAAAGGGAAAAUUGCAGAAGACUGUAAAUAUUUUUGACAUUCUUCCAAAUGUGCUGUGUAUGGAAGAACUGUCAUUUGUUAGAAAUGAAUAGAGCAAAUUACUCUGGGACAUUCCCUGCUUAACUCUAAGAUUCAGAUCUGCAAUAUCAAGGUUACUCAGCAAGCGUAUAUGUAAAUGAUUGAUCCAGUGCCUUAGGAUAAGUGGCGUUUCAACUGUGAAUUUCUGUUUCUCCAGUUCUGAAAUGUCUUCAAGCAAGAUAUGCCACAGAGGUGUUUUAUACAAAUGCUGGGUGCACUGUGGUGGCUGUUAACCCGUUUCAGCCAGUGUAUAAACUGUAUAGUUCUGAAAUCAUGAAGCAAUACCACACAGCCCCUCAUCCUCAGGUAACUUCUUCAUAGCCAUCUUGGUAGGUUUGAAACAUAUGUUUGUAGCCAUCUGAUGGUACUACUAACGGGUUCUAGUGAUUAUGAAUCCGUGCUGCCCUACUCACCAUUGUGCCUCGCCCGUCUUCUCUAAUUACCUCCUAACCACUGACUCCCAAUUGCUCCUAACUUAAAAUGUAUUUUUCAGUUUAGCCCUAUAAUCUAGUAAUCUUCCCCCCUGCUUAUUUUUGCCAUAACUCACUCAAAUAUAAGCUCAUGGACCAUCUCACUUAGCACUGUGUAUAAAAAGUGCUACAGAUUGCUGGAUUAUAAAAUCAAGGCCAGGAAUCUUAACCUUUCUGGUGUAACACAGAAGAUUUCUUAUGCCUGUACAAAGCACUAUACAUGCACAUUAAUGACAGGGUUGUACAAAACAGUUUGAUUUUGUAUGAUCUUUACAAAUCAAACUCACCAGAAACUAUACAUGCACAUUAAUGACAGGGUUGUACAAAACAGUUUGAUUUUGUAUGAUCUUUACAAAUCAAACUCACCAGAAAUUGCUGGCCAUGGAAUUUUUUUUUUUUUUUUUUCCCAUGGUCAUUCACUUAAAGGGACACUAUAGUCACCAGAACAACUACAGCUUAUUGAAUUUGUUCUGAUGUGUAGAAUCAUUUCAGAGAAAAGGCAGUGUGUACAUUACAGCCUAGUGAUAACUUUACUGGCCACUCCUCAGAUGGCUGUUAGAGAUCCUUCCUGGGUCAUGGCUGCCUAAAAUGCAUCCAAACAUUCAGUGUCUCCUCCCUCUGCAUGCAGACACUGAACUUUCUCAUAGAGAUUCAUUGAUUAAAUUCAUCUCUAUGAGGAGAUGCUGAUUGGCCAGGGCUGUGUUUGAAUCAUGCUGGAUCUGCCUCUUUGUCAGUCUCAGCCAAUCCUAUGGGGAAACAUUGUGAUUGGAUCAGGCUACCACUUCUGAUGAUGUCAGCACACUGCUUGUUUUUCUGAGUCUAACAGCAUGCAGAGUUACAGCUUCAAGCUUGAAUACAGUAAGGUUUUACUAUAUUUAUGGAGGCAUGAGGGGCACAGGUGGGCUAGAUGGUUGUUUUAACACUACAGGGUCAGGAAUACAUGUUUGUGUUCCUGACCCUAUAGUGAUCCUUUAAGUUUUAAUUGUCAUGAACUCAAAGCGUAGGACAACAUGAUCUAGGUUUUAACAAGAUCCAUUCCUUUAACCAAUCACUCAUUUUACAUGGUUUCUAUACCUGACACUUUUGCAGAUUAUUACAUCUCCAAUGAUGUACUGAGUUGUCUAUUUGAACUCCUUUGUAGUAAUCUGGCAUGAACAGCUCUUUCAUAUUGUAGUUAAUAAAAUGAGCCCCAAAUUACAAAAUGUGGGAAAUCAUAGCCAAGCUAUUACUUUUGUUGUUGAGUUGGAAAAUGUUUUACAAACAAACUAUUUACCCUAAAUUAUACAAUACACAUUUGCUAAAAUUUGCACAAACUUUCCCUGAGCUCAAAACCCUUACAUUUCAUUUACUGUAAAACUGGCCUCUACAGGAAAUGAAGACUGACCCCUUCUUACCCUGCACUUACUUCCUUGAUAGUGCUAGAUAUUGUUCUAAAAAAUAAGCAUUGAGGACAAAUCUUUAGUCCAAAGCUUGUAAUCCAUCCAGACAUGGCUGACUUGCCUAAGGCAUCUGGCAUUAUUUAUUUAUUUAUAAAAUAUUUUACCAGGAAAGAUACAUUGAGAUUUCUCUCAUUUCAAGUAUGUCCUGGGUCCACAAAACAUGUUGGCAUGUUACCUCCACUAAACUCUCCUCUAAGCCAGAAAUGGAACCUUCAUUGGAUAUAGCUCUGUUCUCCCAGUAACUAGACGACUCACAUUUUUGGGUGUAUAUCUGAUUUUAUUGUUCCAAAUACAGCUUUUUAUGUACAGACCCCAGCAUGGGGUCUCCGUUCAGUACAUACAGAUCCCGCCCUGGCGACUCUGGGUCUAGGAGAUAAUUGAGUCACCUCUUGCUAAAUCAAUUAUCUCCUGGAUAUAGAGAGCUAAAUACAGAAGACCUCGAAAUCACAUGAAAAACAGUUAGGAACAAUCUGGCCAUAAAGCACCAUGAUCCAUGGGAUUUGUGGAAAUGCCACUCCCUUAAAGUUUUGAUUGACAACUAGCGUGCUCUUAGCCGAAAUCAGUACCAGAUGGUUAUGGUCAUUUGCCGGUACUUUAACGGGACCUCUGGCAGGUCAAGGAAGUGAAGGCUCCCCCUGGCUCAUAGGUAGCUAUUGUCCCUUCUGAUGUAGUUUAGCUCCCCUCCAAAGACCACUCUCAUUGGGCAUUUGGAAUGGGGUGAAAACCAGAAUGAAAGUUAACCGGAUCACGGUGAUACUUGUGUCUGAGCCAGAGUUCCAGGGAAAAGGCAGCUAAGUUCCGCUGAAACAUUCAGGAAACUCCGGCUCAUGGUAUGAACUGGGAAUGGGCAGCGAUAGAGAUGCUUGCUGGGUCCAUGUGGAGGGGAGAGGGAACAGAGAGCCAUAGUGUCAUAGUCUUUUAGUGGGGUUUAGGUGGUAUCUGCCACAAAUGGCCUUACACAAAGAAACUUAAAAAAAAAAAAAAAAUAUCUGUAAUGUUUAAACGGUGCAUAAAGAUAAGCACUUUAGUAAGUAGUGGUUAUAGUGCUUAGUGACCCUUUAAGGGAAUAUUAUAGUGGUGGGAAUACAAACAUUUAUUUCUAACACUAUAAUUCUGGAGUGGCUGUUUAAAUAUCCGGUACCCCUUUCUGUGAAGUUGAAUGGUAUUUAAACUUACCUUUUCUCCCUCGCUUUGCCAGUCUUAUUUCCUCAUAGAGAUGUAUUGAAUUAAGGUAACUCUGUGUGGUGUGUUCAGCAUCUCCAUGCAGAACAUAGAGACUCUGAAUGCCAGUGCUGCACUGUGUCCCUUUAAUGUGUAAUUUAAAUUUCAUAAACCGAUUGGCUUACAAACUGAUCAUUAUAUCAUGAAUCACCCGUCUCGAAUGAAGAAAUGUAUUUAAAAACACAAACAAAAAAACAAAAACCUGUAAGACUCAGCAAAUGUGCGGCUGCAAGAGCUGACACUCCCUUAACUGGAUUAAAACUAGUUUAACAACUAUACCUUGCAUGCCACCAUGAUAGGGGUCUAUCUGCUUCUGAGAUUAUAAAUGGAAUAUGUUUAAUUACCUUUAGUCGUGUGAGAGCUUCUCUGUCAGUUUGUGCCACCUCUGCUUUGUGUCUUGUCAAGUCAGUGUGAGGCAAUUUCUGUUGGUCUUUCAUUGCUAUAUUCCAAUGAUGCAACAUAACCCCCACCCACCCCCCCAGACUGUAGUGUAAAGUGUCUAGAGUAAGCUGAAUAAAGAUGUCUGGAUUUUUUCCCCCAUAACACUCUUGACAAAAAGAAGACCCAUAAACAACACUCUCUUCUAAGCACCAACACCACUACAGCUUAAUGUACUGGUUCUGGUGCAUAGACUUUUCUUGAAUAGCGUAAAAUAUUGUUGUUGGGUUUUUUUUUCCGAGAAACAGCACUGUCUCCAUUUGGCAGAAAGUAUGCCUCUAGUUGUUAUCAUGAAAUACUUUUGAGGGUCUUCAUAUUCAAACUCAUCAAUCAUAGCAUAAUGAAAUCUAAUGCAUCUCAUAGAUUGGCACAUCACAAUUAUUACAACACGGGCUGCUUUGGUCAUUUGAUAGAACCAGAUAUCAUCAUGCCUGGUGAUCCCCUAGGUGUCCCAGAGCAGAAAUACCCAUUUUCUUUUAUUUAUUUUUUAAAUGGGACCAAGUAAUCUACAUUAAAAAUAAACACUCUUCACUUAAAAAAAACAAAAAAAAACCUUAAAGCUCCAAUUUGCUGUAAUGUAUUUGUAUUGCUUAUCUCAUACUGGUGGGAUAGAUAAAUCAUUGCUUGUAGUAAUGUGUGUCAUUUAUACUGUGGUUGGUUUUUCUCUAUUUAUUUUAGGAAUCUAAGCCACAUAUCUUCACCGUGGCAGAGCAGGCAUACAGAAAUGUCCAGAGCCAAAUAGAGCCAGUAAACCAAUCUAUUAUUGUCAGCGGAGAGAGUGGUGCUGGGAAAGUAAGUAAUAGCAGUCUUAAACAAGAAUGAAUUUUGUCGUGUUGUGUUUUUUUUCCCCAAUAAUGUAUAUACACAUGAUAUAAUUGUGUAGUUUUUUUUUUUUUUUGUACUGGAUGAUGAACUCUUUGUUUCGUAGACAUGGACUUCCCGGUGCCUUAUGAAGUUUUAUGCCACCGUUGCUGCUGCUUACGACUCCCACGUUGCUAAUCAGACUGUGGAAAGAAUAGAAAGCAGAGUACUUGACUCCAAUCCUGUAAUGGAGGCUUUUGGUAAAUAUCUAGUGCCUGGAUGUGUUGAAAUUCUAAAGCAAAUAUAAGAUUUUUGGCUUCAAUUCACCUCUGAUACGCUGAUACAUGAUUAGUAGUGCUUGUGCCUUCAUCUUCAUGUUCCAAAUUAAAAUGCAAAAUUGCACAGUUCAUUCGUUGUUUUUACCCACAUCUCUUUGGAUUUCUUCAUAUUUCUGUGGUUUUUUAGAGGACAUCUCCUUGCUUAUUUUAAUGACAUUACCAUAAUCCGCUUAGUUUCAUUUAAAGGACCACUAUAGGCACCCAGACCACUUCGGCUCAAUGAAGUGGUCUGGGUCCCAGGUCCAUCUAGGGUUAACCCUGCAGCUGUGCAGAAACUACUUUGUUUACACUAAGGGUUAAUCCAGCCUCUCACUGACAGCCGCUAGAGGCGCUUCCGCGAUUCUCACUGUGAAAAAUCACAGUGAGAAGACGCUGGGCGGUGUGGCUGCAAAUGCGCAUUCGGAUCUGAUGUCGGCAGGGGGUUGAGAGUUCCCCAGCACAGAGGGAGCCCGGCGCUGGAGAAAGGUAAGUGGCUAAAUGGGUUUUAACCCCUUCAGCCAAGUGGGAGGGGGGCCCUGAGGGUGGGGGGGACCUAAUGGCACUAUAGUGCCAGGAAAACAAACUUGUUUUCCUGGCACUACAGUGCUCCUUUAAUAAAACAAAUGCAAUUCAAGAUCAGAUUAUCAGAAUUCCCUGUAAUGUACUGACUUAUAGAUUUAUAGCUUAAGUGUAAGUUUUGUUGAUUGAGUGUGAGAACCAAGACUCGUUCAUGCUUCUGUCCAUCUACGUAUCUGUCCUGUGAACCAAUAAAUGCAAAAUUUUUAGGGUAGAAAUUUCAUUGUUUAAUUGCAGAUCAGGCUGUGGAUCUGAAAGAAAAAGCAAAAUAAUUCUUAAUAAGUUUGAAAAAAAAAUCAGGAAUACAAACAAAUUGAUAUGUAAAAGUGUUAAUAAUAAUAAUAAUAAUAAUAAUAAUAAUAAUAAGAUCAUUAAUCAGGAAGUAGGUGCUACGCACCACAAACUAUGCCAAAAUCUUACCUAAAAUAAUGCAUUCUCAGACAUGAUGGGGACCUGCCAUUAAAGCAAAUGACAGACUCUCUAAUUGAGGUACAAAAUCAAAUGCAGGUGUUAGAAGUGGAGGUGCAACAGUCAUCCAAAUAUAAAGGACUGUAACAUAGUCCUGACAGGAAGGUGACAAGAAAUUACUUGCUAGAAAAGUAACGCGUGGAAACACGUUUACAGAAAAUAUUUUAUCUAGAAUGAAAAUUUUGAAAUCUAACUUUAUCAAAAUCACUAAGCAUCCGUUUUACAGUAUAUUUAAAUGCUAACAGAGCAAUAAAUACAACUGUGAAUUGUAGUGAAUUGAAAUUUUGAAUGGCAAGAUUAAAGCGAACUAGCCACGCUGUAACUCUAGUUGCAUUGGGAAAUUGUUCAUAAUCAGAAUUGCUAGUGUAACCGGGAUAUAUUCACAAUUCAAAGUGAAUUCAAAUUUAAGGUCAAAAUGGAAAAAUUCUCUAAGUCAGCUAUAUUUUCAGUUUAGCUACUCUGGCCUUUAAUUUGAAAUUCCCUUUAAAUUCACUUUGAAUUAUAACUUUCGUGACUAAUCUCUGUUAUGAUGCUUAGAGUGUUCCUUUUUUUAUUUUUUUAUUUUUUUAUUUGCAAAUGAGUGUUAGUCUUCUCUGAAUUUUGGCUGACCUGCCAUAGGCUAAGGUGCAUUUCUGUCAGUAAAUCUAACCAGAACAAGUGAAAUUCUGAUGCUUUGAAUUACACGUAAUGUAAAAAUCUGCAAAUGGAACUCAGUAUUCUGACUCUAGUAAUCUGUUUAAAGGUUAACAUAGUUGAGACACCAUGGCGGAUCUGCCAUGUAUUGAUGAAUUGAAUAGUUCCAUAGAUUGCAUUUCAGGUACUUUAGCAAGCAAUUCCUUUAUUGAGGGAGGUGUAGUUUGUCACCAAUGCGGAGGAAUGAGAACUUUUGCUGACUUUAAUUAAUGGCAAAUUGAAGAAUGUUUGUAAUUUUUAAGGAAGAGGUCUGUGUGAUGUAACAGAAUUAGUGCUGGUCCUAGUUGGAUACUCUAUAGUCAGAGAGAUAAUUGAAAGGUUACUCCUGGAACCACGAUUACUUUUAUGAUUUGAAUUGCACAUACAGCAUUUACUUCACCUCCGUGACAGCUUCAUUAGCCAGUCCAGAAAUUCCAAGCUGGCUAAUGUCAAUUCUGUGCAAAUCCAGAUACCAGACAGCCAAUGGCCCCCUCCUCUCUGCUGUGCCUUCAGUCCAUCCUUCCCGACAUCUCUCCAGUGAAAAGAAGUAAUAUUUUGGGAAGACGGUGUUUGCUACCUUCUAAACCAGUAUUGGUUAAAAACACUGGUGUUUGGUUGGAGUAACCCUUUAAGUACUUGUUGGGUAGUUUUCCAAAUGUAGUCUAAGUUAGGACAACUCCACCAGAGAUUUAUAAGUGCAAACAUCUCUCAUCUCUCAUAUCCCCAGGACAAAUCAGAGCUCACAAUUGAUGAUGUACAGAAUCCCUUUAGCUUAUUCAUGUUCUUUUCUCUGUCAAAUCUAAAGUUUUUAUUGUAAAUCAUGCAAAAUGCUUAACAGGGUCCAUAGUAAACAUUCCAAAACGGAGUGUGUCAUCCAAGAAUAUUAGUGAUUUUUUUUCUCUCUAUAUUAUCAGUCAAAUAUCGAUUUUCAUCUAUUUAAUCCAUGCCUUCCGUUCUGUUGUUAUAGUGUUUCCUGCUUUCACUAAUACAUCCCAAUCCCAUAUCGACCCUCCUUAUUCUUAUGGUUUUCAGAAAUGUAGGGUGAUAUAAGAAAACCUUGGUCAGUUCUUUUUUUUUUUUUUUAUUUUUUUUUUUAUGUCUUUUGUGUAUUAUUUUCAUUUUUUUUUUUCUAGAGUUCUCUAAAUCACAAUACAACCAUGUAUCCUGCUUAAAAAUUAUGGUUUUGUUGUGUUAUUGAUUUAAUUAUUACAGUUUUGAUUCAAAUUGUUUUUGUUUGCUUUUUUUCUUUUAAUUUUUCUUUUUUUCUUUUUUUAUUAAACUCAAAUUUGCAUUGACAUGGAGAAUAUUCAUUUUUGGAAUUUUAUCUUUUUAUUUUUUGCUCCUUGAAUUUCGCAGGAAAUGCUUGCACACUCAGAAACAACAACAGCAGUCGAUUUGGAAAAUAUAUCCAGCUCCAGUUAAAUAGGUAGGGCUAAUAUGACAGUCUUGUUUAUUGUAUGUAUACAUUGCUCUAGCCAAAUGUGACAGCACAUAGCUUAGGUUAAAUUUGUGUAACUAUAUCCAUGGGGAACUUGUAAUCCAUGCGUUUUGUGGGUGAUAAAUGCAAAUGACUACAUAUCAUACAGAAUCACCAACUGGCAGCUGCACAAUGUUAAAUGCUGAAAUACAGUGCGACACUUAAAGCCUGAGCUGGGACCCAGGUUUGGCUUCUCCUGCUGUCUCCAAUGGAUAAACACAUCAUUUUCAUCCGGCCUCUGACCAUUGUCCAGUAGUUAGUUGUUAGCUACCAGUGGAAAUGGAGACUCCUCUGAGCCUGGAAAGUUUCUGAUGAGGAUGAUUUAUUUUUUUAAAUCCAUGCCGUAAUACUAUAGAAUUUAUGAACUUGCAUGCAGGUCUGCACAAACAUCCAUGUGGUAUCCAGUCUGCAACCAUAGAUUACUAGCAAAAGCCUAUAUAAGAAGUGUGACAGCAUAUCUUACAGUUACUCUUAGACAGUCUUUAAAGGGACACUGCACUGCCCAUAAGCAAACAAAUAAAUUAAAAAAUGCACUGUUUAGUAGAUAUACCCUUAAUGAAAACAUGCAUGAAUUCAUUUAAUCACUUUUUUUUAAUUGGGGGUUUAUCUAAAAAUCACUUGCAUAAGCUGCAGAUUUCUUGUCUGCAACCUUUGCAAGUGCUCCCAUCCUAAUCUUGCCCAGACUUUGUGUAGGUGUCCAAUCACAAACUUCCCAAUGCUGCUCAAUGAGAAGUCUUUGCAAUGCAGGUGCUCUGGUCAAAUGCUGCCCCUUGAGUUUAGCUCCACUGAGCUAACCAAACCAGGAAGUAACAGGACGUUUCGUCUGACAGCCAAGCGGGUAUAACAGGGAUAAUAUAUAUUAUAAAUAUUGAAAUCGAGGGGUGGGGCCUGAAUGUCAUGGCGACUGGACGUGUUCUCUAAUCACUCCUCACGAAUUCGGUGAAAUAGUCCAGUUGCCAGUGUUUUUGGCUCUCUAUCCUGUCCUAUUUGUGCUUACCUGAUCUCCUGCACGGUCGGACCCGGCUUGGGGUUACAACUGUGAUUUCUUCAGAGCUUGAUUGAGGCCUAGCGGGCGUUGUGGGAGGAAGUAGUGACCAAACGCCUGACCUGACGUAAGCAGCUUCAUGGAACCGAAGCCCCCUAUGGACCGGCAGGGGUGAUCUUUAUAUCUUUAUAUCAGUGGUCUCUUUUUUCCUUUCUUUUUAUUCUCUCCUUCUCCUUCCUUGACCUCCUUUUCUAUUCCUUCUUUUUGUAUUAUUUUAUGUUAAGUAAUUCAAGUAAACAGAAAAUAACAGAAAUUAGCAUGCCAGUUUAAUAUCUGCCACUAUAAAUGCCACGUUUUUUUCCUGUGCCUGCUCUAACAGUGAGUGCAUCAGCUCCCCUUCUCUUCCAGCGUGUUAUAUCAUCACUCCACAGUCCCCCGCUCGCUUCCUUUUAGCCAUCGAGAGAGAUUUAUAAAACAGAAGCGUUCACCCAAUGCGUGUUGGGCGUUUUUGUAAAGCCUCUCUCCAUGGCUGGAGGGAGGUGUAAGUCUGCGCGAAGCAUGUGGUUGUGCCAGAAAACCAAGGGUAGUGGAUAAAACCCACCACUGCCCACCAUGAAAGCAUGAAAUGCCCACUAGUGGGCAGUAGGGACCAGGUUGACUACAACUGGCCUAUUCACUACAUUCCUGCAGAACCUGCAGCAAAAGUACAUCCUGCUUACAACGCCAACCCCACUAACACGCACACCAAUGCUGCUUCCCCAAAGUACUUGAGACCGACACGUGGCUACAGGCUCUGUGGUGGCCGCCAUGGGAGGCACAGACUGCACCGGCAAAGCCAGAGAGCAAGAAAGCAUGCAGAAGCUGUGUAGUUGUGAGCGGGCAGGGGGUCUCCCAGAAAUGCUGAAUCCCCCCUGGUCCAUGGCAAGCUAAAUACAGCCCCACACUCCAUCAAGGUACUAUCGUGCCCUAACCUACUGCGCAUAGUUUGCUGACCAGCGACAAAUGUGCGGCCGGGCUACACCACAGUUUGAAAUGUGUUUUGCAUACUUUAUGCCCUUAGUUUAGCUAUAAGAGCAGGUUUCUGGCUACUACUGUCUUAGCUGAGCUUUGCUGAGCUCUGGGCUCCCAUAUUGGUAUCACAGAGCCCUUCGAGGUUGGUAUCUAACUUUAGACACCAGUUGUUUUAGCGUGAUUUCUUUCACUCUUCAUUUUUGCUGUCUACUAACACAGAGUUGAUCUAGCUUGAUUUUACUAACCUAUAAAAAAGUGUUGUUUCCUCAAAUCCCAUGACAUUUACGGUUCUGCUGUUGUGGCACAGUGAGUUUCUCUAUGUGUAUUCUCAUGCACAAUGAAAAUAAAGAUUUCAAAAAACGAACCAAAAAAAGUAUCUUAAUUAUAUUGAAAUCUGCACUUUUUGUAAGAAAAAAAAGAGGACACUCCCUUCAGCCAACUAAAGUUUUUUUUUAGUUUUUUUUUAGUGGUUUGGAGAGUCCCUUUAAUGUUGAAAAUCAAAGCGUAUUUUAUUUUAUAGUUUAUACUCUGUAUUCUGCUUUAAUUGGAAGUGCCAUACUUUGCUUCCCUUUAAAUCCCAGCUAGGAGAAGCGUCAUCUCUACACGUUCCCAUAAUUACAUUAUUACGUAUUGAACUUGUCUUUCACCUUGCAAACUGUUGAUGUGAUUUUGCUUCUUCCUAGUACCCAGCAAAUCACAGGAGCCUCUAUCCAAACCUACCUCCUGGAGAAGACCAGAGUGGCACAUCAGGCCCCUUCAGAAAGGAACUUCCACAUCUUUUACCAGGUUUGUCUGCUGACGUGCUCUUCGCUUCUAAUAUUUAAAGGAAGACUGCCAAGGAAAAUGACAGUAGGUUAAAUAGAAGUAACCAUAUGAAACUAGAGUGGUAAUGCCCAGACUUGGCAUCCUGACAUGAUUCUAGUGGGAUGAGUGGGAUGUCAACAUUGGCUAUUUCCUGUAUUUUUUUAUUUUUUUUAAAUAAACAAACAAGUAGUGUUGUAUUAUAAAAGGGGUGUAAUGUACUGGAUGUGGGGCAAUCACCAUGGGGAAAAAAGUGAAACAGGAGGAACAUUCCAUUGCCAUCUUCCCCUUUUAGAUUUUUGCUCUACUUUUCUAAUGCCACAUGGCAACUUGAUUAAAAAACACUCUUACAUCUAGACUGCUUUCUACAAUUCAUGAAUUCAAUAUCAUGAUAACCUCACAUACAACCAACAAUAUCUUAUUUGUGUUUCUUUAUUAGAUAUUACAUUAAUGUCUAUCACCUUAAGGGGACUAACAUUAAUGUCCUUUCAUUAUAUGUAAGAUAUAUAAUUUAUAUUUUAUAUAGACCUUUUAUUUUACAUUAAGAACUAAUUUAAAAAGACACUGUUGGCUCACAGAUAACUUCACCUCAUUGAAGUGAUGUGGAUGCACUGUCCCUGUCCCCUUAACCUUGCAGCUGAAAACAUUGCAGUUUUUGAGGACGUCCAACGUCUUCUAAAUCCCCACAGGAAGCAUUGAUUCAAUGCUUUUCUAUGGGUAAGGCCUAAUGCGCGCACGGCACUCCCCACGCAUGCAUAUUUGGUUCCACCUCAUGAUGACAAAGGGCGAGGCCAGCGCAGAGAGACCUUCACACUAGAAUAAGGUGAAUGUUAUUUAACCCUUUGAGUGCUGCAGGGAGGGGGGCAAAGGGGUCACUGUAGUAUUAGGAAUACAGCUUUAUAUUUCUAACCCUAUAGUGUUCCUUUAAAUUCCCAAGUGUGAGAGUAUUUGCGUGAUAAAAUCAUUGCCAUUUGGCUCUCUGUUUAGAUUACAAAUGGUGCCACUGAACUCGAAAGAGCGGAAUGGAAUCUUCCAGAAGGGGCACAGUUCUCCUGGCUUCCAAAUUCUGACAAAAAACUUGAAGGUAAAAUGGGGUUUUGUCCUUUUUUUUUUUUUUCUUCAGUACAAGCUUUAAUCUUCAUGUUUUUAUAUCUUUGCAUUUGAUUAUCUGUUAGGAUGUUUUAGCAAGACGUGUUCCUUUGGGUCAUGCUUUACAAGUCCUUUGUAUGGAAACUAACAUAAGUCAUCUUAAUUGACUAGAUUAAACAAUGUAUCGUUGCUUAUCUAUGUCAGGGAUGCCUGAGUUAGACUGCAAGUUAUACUUUUCAUUCCAAAGUGGGGAUUUUAUGAUGCGGUUGGUGCUGUAGUAUCAUAUGUUAUAACAUUAAAAGUAAAUAUGUUUGGUUUUAACCUUAGAAUGUUUUUGUAUAUUUAGAUUCAGGUACCCUUUCACAGAUUUAAAAAAACGUACCUUUACUCCAGCACUGGGAGCAGUCAGACCACCUCUAAUGAUCUCAUCAUACUUAAUGACUUUUUGUCCAAUGCAAUGCUCCUCAUAGAGAAGCAUUUGAACCCAUGGCAUUUGGUGGUAACUAGGGGGGGCAAUAAAAUGUCGGGAGUGGGAGGGGGUUAAAAAAAUAAUUAUGCAGCCAUGACAGUGCCGCUUUAAACACUUGUGCAUUUAAUAACACAGUAACUGUUUUGUUCUCUCUGUCUUGAAUGCAUGUGUACACAUUUUUUGUCCAUGGAUAGUUGGGUCUGAGUUGAGUCACUCAGCAGGGAUUAGCUUUAAUUGUGGUCGGCUAUGACUCACAAAACAAUUUUUUAGAUUUAGUACUUUUCUACAAGAAAAAAAAAUAUCUAUCUAUCGGGGCAAACUAUAUCUCGAAAAGAAGACUCUAGAGUUGAAAUGAUUUCUGGUUAUAAUACCAAUUUAGUGUUCUGUGUGUAAAAGUGUACUUUUACAGUUUUUUUCUAAAUAUGCUAGGUUUUCAGGAUAGUGUAUACAGUCUUUUUAUUUCUGCAUUCAUGGUUCAAUUCCUGUUAAUUUAAAAAAAAAAUAUAGAGAGAGAGAGAGAGAGUGUGUGUGUGUAUGUAUAUCUCUCUAUACACACACACACACACACACACACACUCUCUCUCUAUUUUUAAUUUUUUUUAAUUAGCAGGAAUUGAACCAUGAAUGCAAAAAUAAAAGACUGUGUGUGUGUGUGUGUAUAAUGUAUGUGUUUGUUUGCCUGUAUUUGUUUUGUUUCUAUACCAAUAGUUUCCCAUUGUUUGUUUCAGAGGAUUGCUUUGUGGUAACUAAAGAUGCGAUGUUGCACUUGGGUAUUGAUCACUUUAUUCAGAAUAAUAUAUUUAAGGUAAGCAUUUUUUAUGGUUUCCUUAAUGGCGAUAUAAACAUCAAUAAAAAUAAUUACGUUGACGUUCUUACUGAAUCCUAAUGCAGGCUCCACAGUAGUUGUGAUCAUAAUUUACCCUGUGUACAUAUAAAACUUGCAAAAAAUUUCACUGUUAUAUUACCAUUAAUAAAGCGGCUCUAUGGGAAUAAAUAUAAAACGUUUGCCUGUUCUUUAUUUUAUUUUAUUAUUAAAUAGUAAUUUAAAUAUGCUAGUAUAAAAAGCUACAUAUUCACAUGACUUGUCUUUGUUCUUUUGAAGGGAUAGUCUAAGAGCACCAUAACCACUAUAAGCAAGUUGUUGUGGUUAAUGUGCCAGAAAUCCUUUGGCAACAUCCCACUUUAAGAAGUCAAACCAUUUGUUUACUUCUUGGGUCCCUCGGGUGCCCACAGUCCUUUGGUUUUAUGUGAAAUUGUUAAAAAGUAAGUUCCCAUCAUUAGCCAUAAGGCGGCUUAGACAACUUAUGGCUCGGGCUCAGACAGGAGAGGUGGCCCCUGUGUAGACCUUGAGCGCCAGCUCUGACUCUGAUUUAAAAGAUCUCCCUAACCUGGGAGUUUUUUGUGCUCGUAAUGCUUGUACAUGUAACAUUACUCAUAAUCCUAAUCCAAUGUUGUGUAUUAAUUGCAUGCCUCAAUAAAAGAAAGAAUGAAAAAAAAAAAGAAAAAAAAAGGUUCUCGCUGCUUGGCCUCGAGCCCUUUCACCUGCUUCAGGGAGUGUUGGAAUCCGCUCCAGUAUCAAUUGUAGAACACUAAGCGCUCCCUCACUAUCUGUUGCGAUUCUUAAUACUCAGAGCACCACAGCUAGAUUCUGCUCCCUAGCCCACCCUGUACUGGACCAUCAGGGAUAGCCCCCUCCUGCUUAUCAAUUGGAACAAAAUAAUCUCUACACGCAACAUUCAGACUCUACACAAAUGCACAAUAUGUAGACUCCUCCACACCUGAAAUUGAGCCUCCUCAUACAAAUACAGGUACACUCUGCCUUUUACUCCAGACAGUACACUCUGGUAUCUGGUUUUGUAAAUUAUUUUCUAAUUAAAGGGGGGGGGGGAAAGGUACAAUUAAAAUAGACAUACAAAGUACAAAAUUACCGCAAUCAGUAAGGCUCAAGUAAUAUAUACAAAAUCUGGUAAUGAAAGGGAAACUUCAUGUAUAUAGAUAAGGGAAACCUUGUGAAUAAAGAUAAAAUACCAGAACUGAGUAAGUAACCAAUAAAUAACAAACAAACAACUGGUAAUCAAUAGUGAUUAUGAGGGAGCCAGGAUAAGUGUCAGUUCAUUUGACUCCUUAUUUACCGUAGGACAGCAACGGGGAGACUCCUGGCACCAUAACAACUACAGCACACUAUAGUGGUUAUAAUGAAUAGGGUGGCCUCUUUGAAUUUUAAUGUUUUUACUAGCUUGAAUGGAAAGACGUGAUUAGGUAAAUACACCUGAAAAGAAAAAAAAUACUACUGCAUUCAGUCUGAAAAAAUUAUAAUUCUAGUUUUACAGACCCAUUUCCUUUUUGUAGUGCGUAACGUGCACUAAUGUAGUAUUUUUUAUGGGCAGAGCAAGGGUUUCUGGGAUUGGUACCUGCAGCACUCCAAGUGUUGUAGACUACAUCCCACAUAAUGCUCCUACAGUCAUGCUGGCAAAUCAGUGGAGCUGUAGUCCACAACAUCGGAAGUACGGAAGGUGUAUCCCUGCCCUAAAAUAGGUAACCUAACCUAUAGGUUGUUUUGGUGCCUGGACAGCAUCUUCAAGUUUUUUGAAUAAAAAUGAGGGUUGAAAAACCCCAAUUAAAUGGAAUACCGCUCAUGGAUAGGCAUUCUUACCUUUGUAAGUGUGAUAGUGAGUUGCUUUAUUGUGGUUUAGUUCGGUUUCUAUUCCCAGUGCUUCUAAUUACAAGUGCUUGAUCCAUAUUGCUUAUUUCACUUCUUUUCUGUUUCCAUGUAAGGUUUUAUCAGGACUUCUGCACCUUGGAAAUAUCCACUUCGCUGACUCACUGGACGAGAGUCAGCCUUGUGAACCACUUAGUGAAGCCAAAGGUAGGAGCAUUCUCCAGUUUUGUUUACCUUCCACAAUUUUAAUUUAUAUAUAUAUAUAUAUAAUAUUUGAUUUGUGGUACUUCCUUUUUGCUAGUGGAAGUAAUCAGCAGUAAAUAUCACAGUUCUGUAGAGAGGAGUAAUGGAUCACCACUGGAGAAAUCCUAAAGAAGACUAACGAAACACCCAUUUCCAGUUCUCCCCAUACCCAUGAUCUGUUGCCUGUUAGGAAUCCCAUAAACAUAGUCAUGUGACAUUCAAAUAAAAAUAUAAUUGAAAUAAAUUUUAAAAGUUAAGGCAACAAAUAGAAUAAUAAAAACAAAAAAUUAAAUCAAUAUACUUCAAUACACCUAUUUCAAUGGAAGUGUGCACCAACUUUCAUUUGCAAAUAAAGCCGAUACCUUAGGCUGAUCACAGGUGAAGUGCACAUGCACAAGAUAUGCCCAUUAUACCGUACAGUUGUGGUAGCUAUGGGGAUAUCUUGGAGAGCGUGCAAUUGACUUAUUUACAUUUGAGUUACUAGUAGGAGAGCACUAAGAGAUGGAUAGUGUCUAUAAUCACAGCAAUUAGUAGCAGUAUGCUGCUAAAUAUGGGCCAUGGGUUUGGAAAUCCAACAGUAUUUUUACUAUUUAUAUUUUAUUUAUCUUUCUGUAUUUCAGCUGAUAUUUAAUGACAACAAUGAUACUGAUUUGACCUGGUGCCAAAUUAACAGAGCUACAAAAAUAGAGUUGAAUUUGUAUUACAGUUCUGCUAUUUUGUCCUACGAUUUGCUAUUCCCCACUUUAGCGAACACAUCCGUAGAGGUCAAAUUUGCUAAAAGUUGAGAAUGAUGAGCACAGGCUUUAGAGACAAAAGCAUUUGAGAGAAAGUUAAAAAGGCUACGAGUGAUGUUUGGACCCAAUCCCCCAGCAUGUUGUUCCAGAGUUAGAGGCUUCACUAAAGCGUUAAUUUAUAAUACAAUAUUUUAGGGUAGUGUAAUACAUUUUAAAUUUUUUUGUUUAUAUAUUUUUAAUUAGACUUUAUUGCGGUUACUGCAAAUCUAUUGCGGAUUCCUGCUAGCAGCCUGCUGGAUAUGCUGCGUAUUCGGACGAUAACGGCUGGGAAACAAGUUUUUAAGAAGCCAUGCAAGAAAUCUGAGUGCGACACGAGGAGGGACUGCCUGGCCAAGACAAUUUACGCCAAGUAAGACCGUAAUAAGCGCUCAGGUUUUAGUUGUGGUCAUGGUUCUUUACCAAAUGCCAAGUGAAUAUCCAAUUUUAAGACAAAAUAGUUAAACUGAAUAGAAAAAUCUUCCAAGUUAGUUAUGUGUUCAGUUCAGCUGUUUUGACUAAAAGGUUGAAAUGUAAGUUCAAUAGCCAACUGUUUGCUCUAAAGUGUGCAAUCAUGUGAACAUUACUCACUGAAAAAGCUCUUCUCUGAAAUGGCAAUUCUCUAUAAAUUGUUCUCUGAUAUGAGAAUUAUCCUGUUUAAAUGACUUGGGCAUAAGUUCGUAUCAAACUCCACUGUUUCUAAAUGAUUUUCUUUUUUUCCUUUGUUUAUAGAUUGUUUGACUGGCUGGUGACCGUUAUCAAUGAAAGUAUCUGUGCAAUCUCCGACAAAUGGACCAAUUUCAUUGGUACAAAUUUUUUUCUGAUAUACUUUAGCGAGAUUCCUUUUUAAUUACUACAAGCAAUAGCAUUUUUACACAACUUGCCAAUUUCCAGUAUUUAUAACCGCACUGGGCACUUAAUUUCAGUUUAUUAUAUUUUGAAUUAAAAAAAUAAAUAAAAUGAAGUUUAUUUAUUCCAGUGUAUAUUUAUGCAUACAAUAUAUUCCAUUGCAGUUAUAAUUCAUAACAGUAGCACUUCUUUAUGAUUUCUUUAAAGGUUUCUCCUAGUAAUAUACAGUACCACUUUAGUGAUUAUGAUGUUAGGCUUACCCUGGCAUCAUUCCCUGUUAAUGGGGCAAACCAAUUUUCAAAGGUUUGUUUCUUGCCUGGGUUCUUCUGCAGAGUUCCAGAAACAGGAUGCCCAUCCUGACAGUCAUUCAUUGCCUGAUAGCAUCAACUGCGCGCUUUUAACCAAUGAAUGAAUGUCUGUGUACACAAUAUGAACAGAAUUGGCAUUAGCCAGCCCAGAACUAGUCGUUAACAGAUCUAAAUGUGCCAACCUCUUUUCGUUCGUCCUUUCUUCCAUUCAACUCCUCUCUUUGUUAUCCUUCUGCUUACCCUCUUUUUCCCUUUCAGCAGUCUCAUCCAUGACUGCUUCCUGUUUUCCUUUAUAACGUUCUCCUAUCUAUAUCAUCACACCUUCUCCCCCUCUCUGUUAAAGCUCACUCCACUCACUCGUCAUUUUAUUCCAGAAUCUUUCUUACGGUGUCCACUGCCUCCAUCCUAUGUAUAUCUUUAAUAUUCCCAUAGCAGCUCCCUAUCCUCUUUUGUGAGAGAUACAUUUUACUGUUGAUAAAGUUACCCCCAAAACAUCUGUGCACUCCAUGUAAUUUUACUUAGUAACUAAGUUUACUUAGUUUAUGUUUUUCUUUAGUUAGCGAGUGAGCUAGUGGCUACAGUAAUUAGGACUAUCAUUAUUUUUCAUAUUUAUUUUUAUCAAACAGGUUUAUUGGAUGUAUAUGGAUUUGAAUCCUUUCCACAAAACAACCUGGAGCAGCUGUGUAUAAAUUACGCCAAUGAGAAACUUCAGCAACAUUUUGUGACUCAUUAUUUGAAAGCUCAGCAGGUAAUCACCGCAUACUGCGCAGUGCGCCCAAAUGGCCUUUGCUGAAACUUUGCCAGGGAUGGUCGGCGUAGACCGACCUGGACAAUUAAUAUCAUAGGCCAGGGUUGGCAACCUUUGGCACUCCAUAUGUUGUGGACUUCAUCACCCAAAACGCUCUUACAGACAAAAUGCUGAGGAUGCAUCAUGGCAGGUGUAUUGCAUGUUACCGAACGUGAAUACUUGGUCAAACUUUGUAGUUCAGUUCAACUUGUCAAAGAGGUUUGUCAUAUCAGAUAUAAUCCUAACCAGUGGGUCACACAAAUAAUUAAUGAUGGUUUGACUAAUGCAGGCGUGUUGAUCAGCUGCAGAGACUUCUUGGGCUUAGUUCAGACAAAGAGCUUGCAGCUCUCCAAUAGCUGUAGUGGAGGCAGAGAGUAACGCCUGACGGACCCCAGGCCAGAAGUCAAUCUGUUCUAAAAUAGUCUGACUGCACACAUUGGGUUGGCACUAGGGCACUUCUGGUACCAUAACCACUAUAGGAAGCUCUAAUGGUUUUGAUGCUUGGAGUGUUCCUUAUAAAUAACUCCAUCAUUCCACCCGUAACAUCCAAUUAACCAAUAAAAUCCCCUUCUCCCAACAAAAAAGGUUUCCAAUUUCCCAGUACUCUCAUCAACCCCACACAACUGCCAAAGCCCAUCUGCUCCCAUACUUGUCUCCCUGUACUACACUUUAUUUGGGCUGUGUGGCCAGCGGUGAUCAAACUGCAUUCUUUGAUGUGCCACACAUUCCUGUUUCCCAAUAUGCUUUUAGUGAGGUUCCUGCCAACACUGGCAGCAUGCUGUUCAUGAAUAGAGUGGUGGUUAUAUACUAUAAGAUUCAAACUGCAGGAUAGUCCUGUCAUCCUCCCGAAUGUCACAUGAGGGGGACUAUCCUCACCCCCUUAGCAGCCUAAUGAUUUUUAUUUUUACCUUGGAUGGCUGCUUUCAGAAGAAGCCAAUUUAUGUUGAAAAUAAACCAAAGAAACACUGGUAUCCUGCUCCCACUCCACAACCAGUAGGGAUUAUUGGUCCUAAUGGGAUUCCCAUUGGGGCUUCAGCCUUCAAAGCUGUCAGCCGUCGAUGAAUGGAUAUUGAUGGUUUGUAUCAUCUAGCUGCAAUAGAUAUUAACAGAACACUCCAGCAUUCUAAAUACACUCUUUAGAUUCAAGGCCCCCUUCCUGUAAAAUAAAGCAGUUCCUUACCUCUUAUCCAGACGCAAGAGGGUCUUCUUGUCACAACUCCACUAUGCCACUGGGAAAUCACUAGUGGAGAUCUCCCAAACAAUCCAGUGUUCUAGAAAAGCCUCAUGUCCUCUUUAAACCAGCAUUGUAGGGAUUUGGGGAAGGGGUAAAAUCCGAGAGCAGUCUGGGAGCAAACUGAAGUGCUCUAGAGGUUUUACUAGACACAUAAUAUAAUAUAAAAUGCAUUAAUAUGCUGAGCUAAUAAUGAAUUUGUUUAAAUAAAACUUGCGUUACAAUUUAUGGUUUCUGCCUGUCGAUAACAGAGUGAUGCCUGUCAAUAUCAGAGUGCUGGAACCAAAUAUCAUACCCACAUAUUGCCCAUCUUCUGGCCAAUAUCCCUAAUGUAUGUUACCUAAACUUCUUGUGUAUGUGCCUACAUGAUACUAGCACAAGUUAAAGCGAAAAUGUCACUUGUAAGAUUUUUGCAUGACUGCAAAUAGUUGUGCCCUUAUUUAUUUUAAUUUUUAAUAUUACCAAUUUAAUUAUUUUAGCUUUACAUGCCCUAAUGGGCAUGGGAUUAACUGAUCCCGGGCAGUGCAGUAGACUUAGCACAUUUGCACAUAUGGCACUAAUAAAGAAAUAUUUUAAGAGGCCAAGUGCUGGAAUGACAUUUCUGUGGAGAUGCACGCGCUGAGUGAGCAUGUCAAGGCAUCAUAGGAUAGUGAAGUCUCUCAAAGCACAGAUAUGGAACAAAGUUACCUCCAUUGCUUUAUUCACCAUGGUAACCACUGCACCCUCAUUUACUGGGGGUGAGGAAAUAAGAAUUUGUCAUGGCUAAAGGAAAAAACUUUUUAAGUUCCUGUUUUAAAAUGUAAUGGAGCACAUAACUUCAUUUGUUGUUGAGUUUUCCUGGCGUUUAUACUGUUUACCGUUCACCAAAAGUAUGGCUGUUAUCAAGCCACAUAUUUGAAAUGUAUGGAACAUGGCUGCAGUUAGUAAAUUGCAACAAGCCAUAAGUAUUUUCUAAUUUUACAGGACGAAUAUGCAGCUGAAGGACUUGAAUGGUCUUUCAUUAGCUACCAGGAUAACCAGAGCUGUGUAGCCCUCCUGGAGGGAAACCCUGUCAGUGUCUUCUCCCUGCUCAAUGAGGUAUGUAACUGUGCUGUUCAUGAAAUAUUUAUCCAUAUUUACUAAUAUAAUUAAAUGGUCCCUGUGAUGGAGAGGUAUGUUUCUAUAUGUUAAAUGUAUGCUAUUUAACCCCUUAAGGACACAUGACAUUUCUGACAUGUCAUGAUUCCCUUUUAUUCCAGAAGUUUGGUCCUUAAGGGGUUAAAUGUUGCAAUGAACAUAUUCACCCUAGAACUCACAUAGAUCAACAGGGCUGAAAAUUUGCACUGGAUAUUGGUGAAUGAAAAUGUAGUAUUUGAAAGUAGAAAUUAAACACGUGUGAGUGUGCGAUGGACCUUCCAAGCUUGCAGUGACGAGUCACAUAACGCCUGGCUAGUAGCUUAUGACACACACACACACUUUCUUUAUUGUUUGUUUUAAUUAUAUAUAUAUUUUUAAUUAUUAUAGUUGUUAAGCUAGUGGUCUACUUUUUAUUUUCUGGUUUGACCUCCCCUUCAUUGUCAUAUUAUUGUUUCUACAAAACCUUUUCCAGUGUAGUGGUCAUGUGAACUGUUAUCUGAUCUUUUAGGGUCCCCAGUCCCCUUCUCUGUGGAGAUGACAUUUUUUUUUUUUGUUUGUUUAUUUUUUUUUUCUUUCUUUUACUGCAAGGACAGGUUAUAGACACCAGAACAACUACAUUAAGCUGUAGUGGUUCUGGUAACUAUAGAGUCCCUUUAAGUUUAAAUUUGCUUUGAAUUCCAGACCAUUGAUAUUUUUAUGAAUGAUCCUAUUAGACAAACAAUGUUAAUUGAAGUGUAUCUAAGACUUAAGAUAACAAUUAAUUUGAUAAUUCACAUGCUUCUUUCAUUUUCUGGAAUAAUACCUGGAAGAAUAAUUUCUUGUUUUGAAUGUUUCCUGUGAAGUGCCAGGUAUUACAAGAUUGUGUUGCAAAAACACUUGGUACCAGCAAACCGUGCAUUGUGAAAAUUGCAUCUGCUUAUUCAUAUUAGGCCCUGGACAUUUAGAAGAACAGUUUCCAAAUUACAAUUUAAUCUAAGAUACAAAACACUCUGGUCCCCCAGCUUCUGUCUUUCUUUUGCUGAUCUAAAAUAAGAUGAAAACCACCAUUUAAAGUGACUUUUAAUUUUGUUCCAAAAUGGGAAAAAUCCUUCUUCACUCUUAAAGGGUCCUUGGCGCGCACAUUAGACCUCCCCAUAGGAAAGCAUUAUGUAAUGCUUUCCUAUGGGGAAAAUCUGGCGCUGAAGGUCCUCAUGCAGAGUGUGAGGACGUCCAGCGUCAGAUACCGGACCAAAGGUCCUUUUGGAUUCCGGAAGCGCCCCCCAGUGGCUCUCUGGUAGACAGCCACUGUGGGCAGACUUAGAGCUGCAAUGUAAACGUUACAGUUCUCUGGAACUGCAAUGUUUUACAUUGCAGCACUAAGUGCAAUAGAGACACAGCACCCAGACAACUUCAAUGAGCUGAAGUGGUAUGGGUGCCUACAGUGCCAACAGCAGAAGAGGACCAGCAGGAUGAUGGUGGCUGCGUCCACAACGGACCGGUUCAGGUAAAUGAAACUCUCCUUUGCCUGCACCCCUGCCAUUGGACCACCUGUGGCAUUGUCUUCUUCGUGGGUCUAUACAAAAUAUACAAGUCCUCAGAUGGUUUAAAUUGGGUCAAAUCCUGGUCACUGUGGCCAACCAUGAAUACAUCUUUCCCUGCAGGCCAAUUUAGCACAGAAAAACAAUACAAAUUGUGACAAACUGUGCCAAAGAAAAAAAUAAAUAAAAUCUAUGCAAAUAUACAUACAUAUUACAGAUAUGUUAUUGCACUUAAAGACGAAAAAAAAAUAGAAAAAACUUAGAAGAAACAAGUAUUCUUUAAUUCCAAAAACACACUGCACUGAUUUUAUUGGAACUUUCAUUGACUCUUCAAAGUGUGAGACGUUAUAAUUCCUGUCUCAGGAUGGAAUCCAACCAAGAGCAGUGGAUAUCUCACACGUUGAGGCUCAUCCAAAAUAUGAAAUAUAAGGAACAAAUAUUUGCACGGUUUGUUUAGCAGCUUCUUUUUCUAGUACAGAGUUACAUGCUAGCUCUCUUUCCAAAUAUGACAUGUGUUCCUCUUUUUAGGAAUGUCGCUUGAAUCGGUCCUCAGACGCUGCCCAGCUCCAGUCUCGUUUGGAAAAAGCACUCUCUCAUAACAAGUGUAUUGGAAGGGACAUGUUUAGCAAGCUGCCUAAUUUUAUUGUAUCCCAUUAUGCUGGCAAAGUGCAAUACCAAAUCGAAGACAUGGCAGAGAAAAACAAGGUACUGAAAUCCAAACCGUACAAUCUAUACUAGUAUUUCAAUUGUUCUCUUCGACUAGAACAGCUGUGGUUUAGUAUUUUUAGUUUCUAGUUUAAUAAGGAAGAACACGAUGUGUGUACCUGGGUUUGGGAAUUAAACUCAGAAGAACAUUUUGAGACCUUCAUGUAACAGCUUGGAGUACACUAUUUAGCAGAUGUUCCUCCAUCAGCAACAUGCCGAAUGGGGGUGUAAUAGAGGGUUUAAACCUCUGUGUAGUUAGCUUAGUGGAGGUCAUACUACUAUACUACCCAUAAGGUUUUUUUAUUUUAAUUUUAAACUUAUAAUGAUCAAAUGGGCAUGCUAUCGGAUGCAUUUGUUCCUGAAUUUCUUUAAAAUUGUUGCUCUGUAAAUGUCUGGAUCUUUUACUUUGCUUUAAAAUCUGUGCUUUAUGCAUGCAGAUCCCGAUACAAACAUCAAAUACAUUCGGGCAGUGCUGUAUUUGGACAGGAUUUUGCAUUAGUAAAUAUGAGAAUUCAGAGUCCAGAUGUAACCUGGUUAUAGUGAACGAGUUUUUGUUGGGUUUGUAAUAUAACGGUCAGGGCUCCAUGGAUUCCCGCAGUAAAAUGUCUAUCUUCCAUGAGCCCCCAAAUAUCUUGUCUUCUGCAAGCAACUGUUGCCACCAAUAGUAGUUCCAGUAGAAAGUGGACUUAUUUUUAUGUUCUUUGAUUCCAUACAUUUACAAUCUGAAACCUUCUUGAAAUAGGAUCCAGUUCCUCCAGAACUCCUCCAGCUCCUUCAAGAAUCUGAGGACAGCUUACUUAAGAAGCUCUUUCCUGACGAGAACAAUAAAGUAACUGAUGUAAACACACAUAACCGGACUGCUGUGGUGACUGUCGUCUCCAAAUUUAAGGUUGGUCUUCCACAGUCCACACUUCUUUGAUAGAAUAUAAAUAUCUGCUACAUAAUUGACUCCCCUAUGUAAUGCAUGAUUUGUUUUCCGAAUCUAGGUCUUGAAUUCUUCAUUUUCAUUGUGCUUCUUUUGAAAUUCUAGUCCUUAUCAUUUAAAGUGACCCUGUAAGCACCAAAACCACUACAAGGUAUUGGUGCAAGGAGUCUUUGGGCGAAAUCUGGGUUCUCUUGGCAUUUAGAGUCAUAGAAACAUAGAAUGUGAUGGCAGAUAAGAACCUUUCGGCCCAUCUAGUCUGCCCAAUUUUCUAAAUACUUUUAUUAGUCCCUGGCCUUAUCUUAUAGUUAGGAUAGCCUUAUGCCUAUCCCACGCAUGCUUAAACUCCUUUACUGUGUUAACCUCUACCACUUCAGAGUCCAGUCCCUAUGCUGCUCAUCUCAACAUCAUGAGGAAUUACCAAUAUACAUUUGGAUGGUAAUGAAUAUGGUACAUGCAAUAGCACAAGUUAGCAAAAACAUGUUGACGUCUGAGUGGGGAUUUACUGAAGGACAAGCUACGCAGUUUCUCUAAGUUUUUGCUUGUUCUCAGAUUUCUUAUAUUUGUUUUUGUUUCCCAGAAUGUUCAGACUGGUCUUUUAAAUGCCAUUAAUUGUUCAUGUUAUUCUGUUGCCUGUUAUCCUCCAUCCUGGCUUGGACAAGAAACAAUAUUUAGUAAAAUGUAUGCUUCUUUCUCCUUACUCCAUAAUGAGCAAUAUGGCUGAAAUGGUUAUCUGAGUGCCGUAUAGAGCGUUAGAAGAAAGAUCAGGGCCUUUGCUUAAUAAAAGAAGCCAUUAACUAAUCUGUGGAUUUGAUAAUUCAGUUAUUUAUUAAGGAUUUUGUCAUAUUCUUCACAUUGUGUCUUUGAAGGGAUCUCUAGAACGUUUAAUGCAGAUUUUGCACAGUACAACUCCACACUACAUCAGAUGUAUCAAGCCAAACAUGGAGUGCAAAGCAAUGAUAUUCAGAAAGGAAGAGGUAAGCUGUUGUGUUUGUAAUGCAUGUUUGCGGAUGGGGAAAGGGAUCAUUCUGUUUUACUAGGUAAUACCUGGUGUGUAAUGUAAUGAUAUGUGAAUUACCCCAGAGAAGAAACAUAUGGUGAAUGCUGAUACCCCCCUUUUUUUUUUCAUCCGUACUGUAUUUUGUUCACAUUCUAUUUUUGAUUGAAAAAGUAGUCGCCAAUCUGCGCCUUUCUCUUGGCCACAUUAUUUUUUAGAUAAUUUUUUUAGGAGGCAGCAGAAACAUGGAGGUUGCUUUAUUUAUUUAUUUUUCUCUACUCAAAACAGAGUAAAAAUACCUUCACCAUUUGAAACAUUACUAUUCUUUAAGCGGCUACAAUUUCCCAAAGGGGCUGAUAACUUUGACCAUCUCAGGUUUGAGCUCUAGUUGCCCCAGCCCACAUUCUUUUUUGUGAUAAAGACAAUAUUAUCUGAUUUCCUGUAUUACCACAUGGCUGGCCAUCUUACGGGCAGUAAUGCUCUGUCUGCCAUGUUAGUGGGUAUUCAGUCUGUAAAGGCUGGCUUUAGAAAUAGAUUUUCUGCAGAAGUGAAAGCUUAUCACUCCGUAGAGGUAGAUCUUCUGCAUUUAUACGUUGAUUACAUGUGUAAUUUUACUGGUUUCCAAAUUAACAGCAUGGAACUGCACUCAAUCCCUACCAAUCUGAAUCUGGGUGCAACAAAAUCAGGUCUCCGUACCAGGAAACAAAAUGCUUAAUGUAGAAACCCACAGCCAAAUCACAACAUUUCAACCUACAUGGUCUUUUUCAAGCUUGAAAAAGACCAUGUAGGUCGAAACGUUACGAUUUGGCUGUGGGUUUAAAUUAAUUGCCUUUUGUUGAAUUUUGGAGUGCCUGGACCUUUCUACACUUUCUAUAUUUUACUGGUUUGUCAAUUGAAGAUGACAGUGAUCUCACAAGGUCAGUUAUCAUCUUGAAGCACCUUAUUAUUUGAUAAUGAGCAAUCGACUGUAAUAUGGUUAACAUUUAUAGUAAUAAAUCCUUAAAGUAUAUUACACAGUGAAAUUGUAAGUUGAAAAUAUUUGCAUCCCAAACAUUAAUAGGGUGUGUUGUAUUCUUGUAGGUGCUCAGUCAGCUGGAGGCCUGUGGCAUUGUGGAGACUAUUCACAUAAGUGCAGCUGGCUUCCCUAUAAGGUAUGUAGCAUUAACAACCUGAUAAAACCUGCAUUAAGACCUCUCUCUAACCGUGAAUAAAUUCUGUCAGUUAAGGAAAACAUGUUGCACAAUUAGCUCCUUAGAAGACACAUUCAUAUUUUUAGCAAUUUAAUUGGAUACGUAGGAAUUAAAAUGGACGCCCCCAGGGAGCAAGGCCAAGCCCUAUUUAAAGUAGCUUAAAGAAGAAUAUCCUCUUUGGAAUUUUCUUAACCAUUGUUCCCUAAUUGUUAUGGGAAUAAUGAAAUGCUGCAUGCUGAAUUCCAUGAUACAUAGUAGUGAGGGGGAAUACAGGGCAGUAGAGUAAACUGUAAAUAUAAUCUGGUAUAAAAUAUAUACAUACUAAUGUACUACAUUGUUUGUUUUGUUUUUAGAAUUUCUUUUCAAAGCUUUGUGGGGCGCUAUGGGAUAAUUGCUCCCUGGCAGUCAACCUUGCAGAGUUAUAUAAAGGACUGCUCACCUGCAAAGAAGAGGCGAGGUAACCAGCCAUUUUCAUACUGUUGUACCAUUCUGCUAGAAGUCAACAAUCCUAAGUAA